AUGACCCACGGGGUCGAUGAGCCGGCUUGGCUGUCAGAAACGCAGUGUCCUCCCCGGCCGGGGCCUUGGGCGAGGGCCAAGGUGGAGGCCGAGACGAGCCCUCGCUCCCCUGGUCGGACCUUCGCCUUCCCCCCCGCGUCCUCGCUCUCCCCCGUCCCUCCCGCCCGCUCCCCCUCCCCGCGCAGCCCGGAGCUCCUGGGGGUCAAUGUGGGCCAGCGGGUCCGACGGCUGAGCUCGUCCGGCGGGGAGGACCGGGGGGAGGGCGAGGGCCCGGAGGAGGUGGGAGGAGGGGAGACGGCCGAAGGAGACAGGAGGGAGGAAAGGAGACGCCAGGCGCAGCAGCUGCAGAUACACAGGGAGCUGCAGAACGUGGAGGUCAGGGGAAAAGUGGGCAUUUUUGAGGCCCACAUUUCUGGAAUUCGCGCCCAAGUGCUGAACACCGAGCUGCAGCGCAGCCCUCGCUCUCCGAGGCGCUCGACCAACGCGGCCCUCGAAAGCCCAGUGACCCCCCCGCCGGAGAGCAGCUCCGUUGUCCAAAAUGGAAGAGAAAGGGAGGAAGAAACUACGGCGGGAGGAAGGAGGGAAGGAGGUAGCGAAGACGCUGAAGAGGGCGACUGCGCUGCAAAAGCGAGCCCUGAAAACAAGACACUGAUCGGAAACGGCUCAGACGCCACGAUGCAAACCCCCGGGUUGGACGGACCGUCUGUCCUUCGGGUUUCCCUCGAGACAUUAAAGCUGAACGCGUCGGUGGCAGAGGAGAGAAAACAGGGAGGAAAGGACAGAGGCGAGGGAGAAAACAAACGGAUGUUGGGAGACGGGAGAGACGAGAGAGAGGACCGCUUGCGGCUCCAGACAGAGGCCAACCGGUCGGAGGAUUACCCAGAAUGCAAUGCUCUCCCUCCGACACAAAGCAAAGAGAGCCCCCCCACCGACCCCACCUGGAACCACUCGCCCUGCGUCCCUCCCUCUAUCCCCGCCGUCAUCGUAACGGACCACGGCUUGGAAAGCCAGGCCGGGACUCGCGAAGGCCCCGGCUCAGACCAGGGCCUCGGGUGCAGCCCGAGCCCCGGUUCCAGCCCCGUCCCCGGGGGGAACUUCUCCACCCACUCCCUCAGGAAGCUGUCGUCCUCCUCCGCCUCCUCGGCCGGUUUCUCCUCGUCCUGGGAAGAGUCGGAGGAGGACAUUUCCAGUGACACGGAGAAAGGAGAGCACCUCCUCAAUCCCGCUGUGCUCACCUCCCAACAGAGAGCGCACAAGUCUUGGAAGAAGAUUAAAAACAUGGUCCACUGGUCGCCGUUUGUCAUGUCCUUCAAGAAGAAAUACCCCUGGAUACAGCUGGCGGGACACGCAGGGAGCUUCAAGGCCGGAGCCAACGGACGAAUAUUAAAAAAACACUGUGAAUGUGAGCAGCGCUGCUUGUCCCUCCUCAUGAGGGACGUGCUGCGCCCCUACGUCCCCGGUUACCAUGGAGACGUGGAGAAGGACGGCCAGAAAUACAACCAGAUGGAGGACCUGCUGGCUGAGUUUGACUUCCCGUGUGUGAUGGACUGCAAGAUGGGAGUGAGGACCUACCUCGAGGAAGAGCUGACCAAAGCUCGUAAGAAACCCUCCCCGAGGCCUGACAUGUAUCAGAAGAUGGUGGAGGUGGAACCGGAGGCGCCGACGCCGGAGGAGACCCUCCAGAAGGUGGUGACCAAGCCCCGGUACAUGCAGUGGAGAGAGACCAUCAGCUCCACGGCCACCCUGGGAUUCAGGAUAGAGGGAGUCAAGGUGAGACUGGAGAAGGUGUGUGUGUGUGUGUGUGUGUGUUUGGGCGUGAGGGGCCUUCAAGGUCGUGAUCCAACUUCCUGUUUUGGACACAAACUUCCUCUGAAGUGUGUGUUUGCGCAUGAGAUCCUUUGUCACACAUGACGCCUGCCCGUGGCAGCUCCCUGUGCCCCGGCAUCUGCCACUGACAUUGUACGCAAACACACACACAAGGCUCUGCUGUCGAGGGUCGUGGCUAUAUAAGGACAUCGGCGGCCUCCCGGUGGUCUGUUGCCAGGACACCGAGGGCUAUCCCCAGAAACAUGUGUGUGUGUGUGUGUGUGUGUGUGUGUGUGUGUGUGUGAGAGGAAUUAAAAAGCGUGGAUGUGCCGUCCAUGUGCAUCGGUUGUGUAGAUUGUGCGAAGGAGGAGGGGGGAGACAUGGGCCUUAAAGGGGAAAGUAGCUGCGUCUUGUUGGCCGACGGCCGGGAGAGUAAGAAAAACUUGUUUAUUCUUCUCUCAACCGACCAAAUAGCCUCUGCUAUUUAAGUUUGAGGCGGCGGAAUUACAACUUCCUGGUCCGUCGGCCGACGCCACGGAGCCCGAAACCACUUACAAAACUCUGAAUAUCAAGUUUACGAGUGAUGUGCUCAUUUGUGCUGGGAAAUGACUCUUCAUUAAUUAAUCAACCAAGAAGGAUCACUACUACUACUACUACUACUACUACUACUACUAAUACUAUUACUACUAUUACUACUUCUACUGUUACUAGUGGUACUUUUUGGAGGCUAAAUUCAAUUUGCAAUUCGAUGCUAGUUUGCUUUAUGUGACAUUGAACACAUCCAGCAACUCUGGAUACUGGCAACUAUUGAACAACUGCUCCAUCUUAGUUGCCAUAUUGACGUUUCCCGCACAAAAGCAUCUGGAGGUUAAACACACGUCUCCUGCCCCCCCACGUCUGCUGCCCCUUCGCCCCCGCCCCACGUCUCCUGCCCCCCCCGUCUCCUGCCCCUCCCGUCUCCACCAGAAGCUUUGAAGUUGUCCUUUGUUUCAUGCUAAUUGCGCCUGAAAUGAGGCUCUGUCAGUGUUUCAGUACCACAGAUCUUGUAUUGUUACCCGUCCCGGUAUCGGUCUCGGCGUGUCGCUACGUCGCCCCGUUUGUUUGCUUUAAACAUCAUUAGCAUAUUUACCGUGGCUGCUCCCAGAAAGCAAAGAACGUGUCCACACCUAAAAUUAUCCUUUGCACACACACACACACACACACACACACACACACACACACACACACACACACACACACACACACACACACACACACA